AAUUUUAGCGGUAUUACAUUUGGUCGAUUGCUAACAUCCGUGAUAGCAAACUAGUCAUGUUUGUAGCUAUACGGUCAUGAUAAAUAAAGUUUAAAAACAACGUAACACCAAAAGGGACGAAAUGAACAGUCGACUGCAAGAGAUCCGCGAGAGACAAAAACUUAGGCGGCAGCUUUUAGCUCAACAGCUGGGAGCUGAAAGCGCUGACAGUAUUGGAGCUGUACUCAACAGUAAAGAUGAACUAAAAGAAAUAGAGGAGACAAGAGAAACAAACAGGGCUUCAUUCGACAGUCUAGCAGCACCUUCCAAAAGAAAGGCUCAGACUGAAGGAGAGGACACAGAGGAAGAUGUGGAAGAACAAAAGGAUGUGGUGGAGGUGCAGCAGCCAGAUGAAAGUAACCCAUAUGAGGAGGUGUACAAGGACUCAAGUACUUUCCUUAAGGGCACCCAGAGUUUGAACCCUCACAAUGACUACUGUCAGCACUUUGUCGACACUGGGCACAGGCCUCAAAACUUCAUCAGAGAUGUUGGUUUGGCUGACAGAUUUGAAGAAUACCCCAAACUGCGAGAGCUGAUCAGACUGAAGGAUGAACUCAUCUCCACCACCAACACCCCUCCCAUGUACCUCCAGGCUGACCCAGAGCACUUUGACCUGCAGGAUUUGAAGUGCAAGUUUGAUGUGAUUCUGCUUGAGCCUCCCUUAGAGGAAUACUACAGAGAGUCAGGCAUCAGUCACACUGAACGUUUCUGGACAUGGGAUGAUAUCAUGAAACUGGAAAUUGAGGAGAUAUCAGCUUUGCGAUCCUUUGUCUUUCUCUGGUGUGGCUCUGGUGAAGGCUUGGACUUGGGCAGAAUGUGUUUAAGGAAGUGGGGCUUUAGACGGUGUGAGGAUAUCUGUUGGAUCAAGACGAACAAGAAUAACCCAGGCAAGACUAAAGCCCUGGACCCAAAGGCAGUAUUCCAGAGAACCAAGGAACACUGCUUAAUGGGAAUCAAAGGAACGGUGCGCAGAAGCACUGACGGCGACUUCAUCCAUGCCAACGUGGACAUUGACUUGAUAAUAACAGAAGAGCCUGAGAUGGGAAAUGUAGAGAAGCCUGUGGAGAUCUUCCACAUCAUUGAACACUUCUGUUUGGGCCGCAGGAGGUUGCAUCUAUUUGGACGAGAUUCAACCAUCAGACCAGGCUGGCUGACAGUGGGUCCUACUUUGACAAACAGCAACUUUAACCCAGAGACAUAUGCCGCACACUUUGUUGUGCCUAACUCUCACCUGUCUGGCUGCACUGAGGAAAUAGAGAGACUGCGGCCCAAAUCUCCGCCUAAUAAGCUCAAGUCAGACCGUGGUGGUGGAGCACCAAGAGGCGGACGUGGCGGGCCAAAUGCAGGAAGAGGCGGAGACAGAGGACGUGAAAGAAAUCGACCAAAUUUCCGUGGGGACAGGGGAGGGUUCAGGGGCAGAGGAGGGCCUCAUAGGGGUUUCCCACCUCGCUAGAGGAAAAACCUUACCGAACCUGUGCUAAAACUUCCCAUCUGUAUUUUCUGUGAUUGACUGUGUCUUCUUCUACUGCUGCAGUCACCAUCAACCACUGAACCCUGUACCUUUAUUAAGUCCUGAUUUUAAUGUUAGUUCUGAUAGACACCCAGUCCUAGUAGGUUUAGUGUGUGACACGACAAUUUGUCAUUUGUUUUCAAUAUACAGUUAACUAAGGAAUUAGUAUGUAUUGUCUAAAUAAACAGUCUUUACACAUG